AUGUUACAAUGNAGCUGUGUCAACCCGCUCGCCCCUCCGUUCAUCCCUAGAAGCGAACCUACACCAGCCUCCAAGCCCUUGAUACCGAAGCCCGCAAUUACUUCGCAUCUCCAGGAUAGUGGUGUCGACACAACUCUUCAGCAGAUAGUCAGCUUACAAGCGAAGCAAACAGAGUUAAGUUCGUUACUUAUCAAUCAGCAACAAAUAAACCACCUUCCCGUAAAGGAGCCGCCAGUUUUCACUGGAGACUACUUGGAAUAUCCAGCCUUCGUGACUGCCUUCGAUGCUAUAAUCUCCAAGAGUGUGCUUUCGAACAGAGAUUGACUCUUUUUCAAAAAACUGCCCUCUUACUCUGCAGUAAAAUGGUGGCGGCACGCCCAUGAAGUACAGACGAAGCUUAUGAAGAUUGUCACCUCUAGCGACUUCACGAAAUUUGUCAUGGAAGAAGCAGAGCUAGCGAACGACCCUAUUUUCUCGCUGGAUGCCUUAAAGGCAGAGAAGAAAAAAAACAAUUCCCAGACGAGCGGAUCAAGCCAGCCAAGCUUGCCCCCUUUGCAACGGUCAGCACGCCCUCGUAAAUGCAGCAAGUUUCUGAAGAGUUCGGUAGAUGAGCGCAGUGAAAUCAUUCGCAGCAAGAGCCUAUGCUUCGGAUGUUUUAAAUCUGGUCACGUGUCUUCAGGAUGUCGGAACCGAUCUACUUGUAAAGAAUGUGGAAGACAUCACCAUACACUACUACACGGCGUGAAGCCAAGGUCUAUACCAAGCAGGCAGCCCAACCCCAUGGCACAUGAAAACCAGCAAUCCUCAAACAAGAAAGAAACGCCCAUUGAGAAACUGCCAGUCAAGAAAUCUGCCAGCUCUAAUCUCAUCAGUGUAGCGCACAGCUCAGCUGGAGAAUCCGCCAGUUUAAUUACCCAUUGCAGAAUCGUCCAAGUCAUUCUCUUCCACAAGAACGAUCCGUUAAAGACCAUUAAAGUUUAUGCGCUCUUAGACGAUGCAAACGACACAACCUUUGUUACCACCCAAGUACAGCGCGAACUCGGUAUUGAAGGCGUUGAAACCAGUUUGGACUUAAGCACAAUGCUUGGUCGAGAAAGGUGGAGUAUCGUGGGACCAGUUGCGACGUUAGGCACUCCGUCGGAAGACUACACCCUAGAAUCUUCAUGUCAUUGCAUUUUGUCCAGAGAAGUUGUUUCUGGUACUGACGACAGCCAGUUAAGUUUCAUUUUCAACGGAAAAACAAAGGAGGUGAUAAAUCCAUCUGCGAUCAAUCAGAUGUUUGAACUCGAUUUUGUGGAACACAAGUCUAACAAAUCGAGACACGGACUGUCCAAAGAAGACAGAAAAUUUCUUGAGAUAGCCGAACGAGGGAUUCACCGGUGUGAUAACGGCCAUUACGAACUUCCGCUACCUCUGAAAGACGAAAAAAUCGAGCUCCCUAACAACAGAUCCACUGCGCUUCACCGAUUAAGUCAGCUUAAAAGACGACUCGAGGCUAAAAACAGUCAGAAGUACAAGGCGGACUAUGUCGAACUUAUGCGGACAAUAAUAGCCGAUGGAUACGCCGAAAGAGUGCCGAAGUUAUCUGAAUCGAACCAUACACCUGACGACCAAGUUGCUAGGAAACGCAAUGUUUGGUACAUUCCGCACCACGGCGUCUACCACCGCAAAAAACCGAACAAAAUCCGUGUGGUUUUUGAUUGUGCUGCUGUGCAUGAAGGCGAGUCACUAAACAAGCACCUGCUUCAAGGCCCUGACUUGACGAAUAAUUUGACUGGGGUUCUGUGCAGGUUUCGACAGGAGCACAUGUGCAACAUAGAAGCCAUGUUCCACCAGUCUACGGCUAACGAUUUUGAAGAAGAGUUUGGAGCUACGGCCGCAGAUUUCGUUCGUAAUGACUUCUAUGUCGACGACGGCCUCAAGUCCGUUUCAUCGGUUGAUGAUGCAGUACAGUUGGUAAAAAGUGCGAAGCACAUGUGCAAAAGAGGAGGUUUCCGUCUGCACAAGUUUGUAUCUAACAACAAAGAAGUCAUCAGAAAAAUCCCAGAGUCAGACAGAGCAGACGGCGUGAAGGAGUUAGAUUUAGACCUCGAUUCGCUUCCCUUAGAGCGUGCUCUCGGUGUUCACUGCAUCGAAUCAGACUGCUUUCAAUUCACCAUCAUGCUACAGGACAGGCCUUGCACAAGACGAGGGAUUCUCUCCACUGUCAGCUCAGUUUUCGACCCACUCGGAUUCGUUGCUCCACUGUUGUUGGAUGGGAAGUCGAUUCUCCACGAGUUGUGUCGCCAUGAAGUUGGCUGGGAUGACCCAAUACCAGACGACAUCAAGGUAAAGUGGGAAAAUUGGAGAGCAGAUUUACUGCAGGUGCAGCGCUUUUCUAUUCCCAGAUGCUACAAACCUGAAAACUUCGGUCGCGUAGUAAAUGUGCAACUUCAUCAUUUCUCGGACGCGAGCGUCAAAGGCUAUGGCCAGUGUAGUUACUUGCGACUUGUAGACGAAAAUCAGAGAAUCCAUUGUGCCUUCGUCAUGGGAAAGUCCAGGGUAGCACCGUUGAAGCCUGUAACCAUACCUAGACUUGAGCUUACCACCGCUGUAUGCUCAGUGAGAAUCAGCGAACAGCUACGUCGAGAAUUAGAGUAUCAUAUCGAUCAGGAGUACUUCUGGACGGACAGCAAGGUGGUGCUUGGAUACAUAAGGAAUGAGAGUAGGCGAUUUCACGUGUUUGUUUCCAACAGAGUCCAAGACAUUCAAGACAACACCUCUGUCGAUCAGUGGAGGUACAUUGAAUCAAAACAGAAUCCAGCAGACGAAGCAUCGCGAGGCAUGAAAGCACAAGAGAUACUAGAUUCCCGAUGGAUCACUGGACCACCAUUUAUUUGGGAGAAAGAAACACAGUGGCCUACCAGCAACGAAGAUCACAACCUUCACGAUAGUGAUCCAGAAGUAAAGUCUGUCGCCAUGGCAACCGCCCAGGCAGCCACAGAGAAGUUAACAGAGAAGUUAACCCUUGCAGAGAGAAUGGAAUAUUUUCUGACUGAGCACGUACACAAGAAACAUGGUAACAACGAAGAACUUCAAGAAGUUAAGGUCGAAGACUUGGAAAGCGCAGAGCGCGCAAUAAUUCGUGCAGUACAGUUAAAGGCCUUUAAAGAAGAAAUAGCAACUUUGAGGAACAUGAAGCAAGAAAACACUGACAAAGAAAGUAGAGUUUUCACACGGCAAAGAAAAACGAGCAUGAAAACAGGUAGUUCGCUUUACAAGCUUGAUCCAUUUGUAGAUGUUAACAGAAUUUUGCGAGUUGGUGGACGUCUUAGGCGGGCAACCCUAGUUGAUGACAUCAAGUUCCCCAUCAUACUUCCGCGAGACAGUCAUGUUACCCACCUGGUCGCUAAACAUUAUCACCAAUGCAUACAUCACCAAGGCAAGGGAAUGACCUUAAAUGAAAUACGCUCGAAUGGUUUUUGGAUACUCAGAGGUUCAUCGAUAGUCACCAACUUGAUUUCGUCUUGCGUCAAGUGCCAGAAACUCCGCGGUUCAGUUCAAGAGCAAAGAAUGUCAGAUCUACCUGAGGACCGCCUUGAAUCCACACCACCUUUCACUUAUUGCGCCGUGCAUUACUUUGGGCCCUUCGCUGUUAAAAAUGGUCACACAGAGUUGAAACGCUAUGGUGUCCUCUUUACCUGCUUGGCGUCGAGAGCUAUACACCUUGAGAUCGCUAACUCGCUCGAGACGGACUCCUUCCUCAAUGCCUUGAGGAGAUUCAUUAGUCGCCGUGGUCCUAUCUGCCAGCUAAGGAGUGACCAGGGUACAAACUUCGUUGGAGCUCGUAAAGAACUUACCCAAGCGCUAGCUGAGAUGGACCAAGAGAAGUUAAAAACGACUCUACUAGAAGAACAGUGCGAUUGGUUUUCCUUCAAGAUGAACGUCCCGGCAGCGAGCCACAUGGGAGGAGCUUGGGAGCGCCAAAUUAGAUCCGUGUGUAACGUUCUCUCGUCACUAUUCCAGGAUAACGGGAAACAGCUAGACGACGAGUCUCUUAGAACCUUGAUGUGUGAAGCCGAAGCAAUAGUCAAUAGUCGCCCCUUGACAGUGAACCAACUUGCUGAUCCAGAUUCGCCAAGUCCUUUAACCCCUAACCAUCUCCUGACGAUGAAGUCAAAGGUUGUUUUUGCUCCGCCAGGCGCGUUCCAGCCAUGA